AUGGUAAACUUAAUACCAUUUGUGCAACCCUUAAAAAUAUCUUGGAUGAGAAAAUUAUUAUUAGCGAAAUAUAAAUGGCAAAAUCUACGAGAUUUUCAAUACACAGUCUUACACAGGAUAACGCCAACAAACUCCUAUCUGUUUAAAAUAGGACAGAGACACGACGAUAUUUGUAAUUACUGCAGACUCACAUGA